AUGUCGUAUCGUCCAACUGCAAACUCCAGGACCGAGGUCCGUCGCAAUCGAUACAAAGUCGCCGUCGAUGCCGAAGAAGGCCGCCGACGCCGUGAGGACACCAUGGUUGAGAUCCGUAAGAAUCGUAGAGAAGAGAGUUUGCUCAAAAAGAGACGCGAGGGUCUUCAACCUCAGCAGAUUCCUUCUUCCAUUCACUCCGCUGUAGAGAAGAAGUUGGAAAAUUUACCAUCUAUGGUUACUGGUGUUUGGAGUGAUGAUAAUAAUUUGCAGCUUGAGGCAACGACUCAGUUUCGAAAGCUGCUUUCUAUUGAACGUACUCCACCAAUUGAGGAGGUUAUACAGACGGGUGUUGUUUCUCGUUUUGUUGAGUUUCUGAUGAGGGAAGAUUUUCCACAGUUGCAGUUUGAGGCUGCCUGGGCUUUGACAAAUAUAGCUUCUGGAACGUCUGAAAACACCAAAGUGGUAAUCGACCACGGCGCUGUCCCAAUUUUUGUGAAGCUCCUUGCUUCUUCUAGUGAUGAUGUCCGUGAACAGGCAGUGUGGGCAUUAGGAAAUGUUGCUGGGGAUUCUCCUAGGUGUCGUGAUCUUGUUCUCGGCCAGGGGGCUUUGGUUCCUCUUUUGGCACAAUUGAAUGAACAUGCCAAGCUUUCUAUGCUGAGAAAUGCUACUUGGACACUUUCAAACUUUUGCAGGGGCAAGCCACAGCCCCCCUUUGAUCAGGUUAAACCUGCACUUCCUGCUCUUGCUGGUCUUAUUCAUUCAAAUGAUGAGGAAGUCUUGACUGAUGCCUGCUGGGCACUUUCAUAUCUUUCUGAUGGUACCAAUGAUAAAAUUCAAGCUGUAAUUGAAGCUGGUGUCUGUCCCCGACUUGUGGAGCUUCUACUGCACCCAUCUCCUUCAGUGCUGAUUCCCGCUCUUCGCACUGUUGGAAACAUAGUCACUGGAGAUGAUUUGCAAACCCAGGUUAUCAUCAAUCAUCAGUCUCUUCCUUGCUUGUUUAAUCUGUUGACCAAUAAUUAUAAAAAAAGCAUCAAAAAGGAAGCUUGUUGGACCAUAUCAAACAUUACAGCUGGGAAUAAACAACAGAUUCAGGCUGUGAUUGAGGCCAAUAUAUUUGGUCCUUUGGUGACCCUGCUUCAAAAUGCUGAGUUCGAUAUUAAGAAAGAGGCUGCGUGGGCUAUCUCAAAUGCUACAUCUGGUGGAUCUCAUGAACAAAUCAAGUACCUAGUAGAACAAGGGUGUAUUAAGCCCUUGUGUGAUCUUCUUAUCUGUCCCGAUCCUCGGAUUGUGACUGUUUGUCUGGAAGGCCUUGAAAACAUCUUGAAGGUUGGAGAAGCUGAUAAAAAUAUAGGAAACACCGGUGACCUGAAUCUAUAUGCCCAAUUGAUUGAUGAUGCUGAGGGGUUGGAGAAAAUUGAAAACCUCCAGAGUCACGACAACACUGAGAUUUAUGAGAAGGCUGUGAAGCUUCUUGAGACAUACUGGUUGGAGGAAGAAGAUGAGACUAUGCCUCCAGGGGAUGCUUCUCAAGCAGGAUUCAACUUUGGUAACACUGAUGUUCCUUCUGUGCCUUCUGGAGGGUUCAACUUCAAUCAGUGA